AUGAAACAGCCAACUUUAAGCACCAAGAUGAAAAGUAUAUCCAACAACAAAAAAAGUGACAAGAUGCUGGAGACACUGAACAGAGUUUUAGCCUCUGAUCAAAGUUUGAAGAAGACCAAAAAGUCACAAUAUCCAACAAUAUUAGUGUUUUACUACAGGAAGGAUAAGAAUAUAAAUUCAAAUCAAAUGGAGUAUGACCAGUCUCGAGAGAAUUCCAUCGAUCCAAUCAAAGAGGAGGAGGACAAAGACCUAGACUCAUGUGAAGGAUCUUCACAGAAGGGAUCUUCACAGAAGGACGAAGACCUUGACUCAUGUGAAGGACCUUCACAGAAGGACAAAGAUCUCGACUCAUGUGAAGGAUAUUCACAGAAGGACGAAGACCUCCACUCAUGGGUAGGAUCUUCACGGAAGGAUGAAGACCUCAACUCAUGUGAAGGAUCUUCACAGAAAGAUGAAGACCUCGACUCAUGGGAAGGAUCUUCACAGAAGGACGAAGACCUCGACUCAUGUCAAGGAUCUUCACAGGAGGGUAGGCAGGAUUAG